AUGAGUACCAACAAGAAGAAGAACUUCGAUUGCACACUUUGCCCUCGAAGCUUUGCCAGACUUGAGCAUCUUCAGCGCCACCGAAGAUCCCAUACCAAAGAAAAGCCCUUCCAAUGCGCAGUGUGCCCUCACGCCUUUACCAGAAGCGACCUCCUUCUACGACAUAAGAGAUUGGCACACUCCGCUACUAGUCCUACACUUGGCGCAGCUCAAUCACCACGUUCAAGAUCUUCCACUUCCACCUUUCUUGGUUUGGGAGAAGAAGAGCUGCCAACAACUCCAUCCCGAUCAGAUAUAUAUCAACAGAUCGUGACCGAUGAAGCGAUCUACCAACGUAGCUCCAUCAACACUCCUUUCAAUGGACACCAGAUCUUUUCUCCAUCUGCACAGUUGUUGGGACAGGAUGACAUCAUGCCGGAUGUUGAUGGUAUGACCACUUUGGAUGGUGAGCCAAAUGCCACGCUGCAGGUCGCUCAGCCAUUCACAUCACCCGGCCUCCAUCUUGAAGAUCAGACCGCAGCCUCCCAGAUGCUGCCAUUCGCAGAUUUCGAUGAUUAUCUAAUGUUGCUUGACAACGCUACUCUACCUACUCAAAUGUUCUCAACCAUCUCCCAAUUCGAGCAGCCUUUGCCCUCUUUUUCGCCAGAUCCAAUGAUUUUAAUGCCAGAUAUUCUUCCGCCGAGUUUCAGUACUAACGCUGACGCAAAUGUGCGGCUGGUAAACACAGAUCAAACUGGCUUUUCUCGUUUUGGUUCUCGACUGCCCUCAUUGCAGCCAGAAGAACUGCCAGAAGGGCAUCCAAAGGAACGGCCACAGUCGGCUCGUCCUUCCGAAAGAAGCCGUAGCUCUUUGUUGGAAAUCUCAACUCAUUCACGGACAAUCCUGGGUAGUCGACUCGAGCGUUUUCGACGUGUUAUCCCGAAGUCUUUUGUCCUGCCGACCCGCCACGCUCUAUCACGGUAUCUGGGCGGCUAUGUGACAGGCUUCCACGAACAUCUUCCUUUCCUCCACAUACCCACCAUAUCGACUUCGAGCGCCUCCGUCGAGCUCAUCCUUGCUAUUGCAGCUGUUGGUGCGCAAUAUUGUAGAGAGCCUGAAAAAAGCUUGCAAAUUUUUCACGCUGCUGAGGCAAUUGCCAUGGAGUCUAUCCGUGAGCGAGACUGUAGAAACGCGAGGCCUUCAGGACUGAAUAACGAAUAUUUGCUCUCCAGAUCCCAUCAUGGUCAGGAUGCUUCGUCCUAUUCUGAAGCUGAGUUUCAGACCUCCGCGGCUCUACUUGGGAAGCCUAUUGAAACAGCACAGGCACUCUUGCUCCUCAUGGCCAUGGCAACAUGGUUUGAGCAUACGACUCUGGCAAGGGCCGCAAUGACUAUGCGAAGCCAGCUAGAGAGUUUGGUCCAUGAUGAAGGAUUGGGACCAGAGCAUCUGGUGCAAGACACUAAUUGGGAGCUUUGGAUAGAGCAUGAAGGAAGCAAAAGGACUAAGUUCAUCAUCUAUUGCUUCUUCAAUCUUCACUGCAUUACCUUCGACAUCCCUCCCUUAAUACUGAACCGGACACUCGGAAUGGAUCUUCCCUGUAGUGAAGCGCAGUGGAAAUCCACUUCUGCAGAGGCUUGGAUUCAGAUACGCCAGAAGGAGAAGCCUGAGCCAAAUUUCCAAGGCGCCUUCACCAAACUUUUUAAUGGACGCAGCAAGGAUAGCGGGACGACCGACGUUUCUACGCUUGGCGGGUACAUCCUCAUACACGCAUUGGUCCAGCAUAUUUGGUUCAUCCAGCAGAUAGCCCGUUAUACUCUUGCAGGGUCUGAGCCCUCACCGUUAGCAGAUUUGAUCACGCUCGAACACGCGCUGCGAUCGUGGCAGACAAGCUGGGCAAGAAAUCCCGAGUCCUCUGUUGAUCCGUUGAGCCCUCACGGCCCACUCUCAUUUAACUCUUUGGCAUUGCUGCGCAUAGCCUACAUUCGUAUCAACGUGGAUACUGGGCCCAUCCGAUCACUGCGCAGCUGGGAUCCGUCGCAGAUCGCAAUGUCAAUCAAGAGGAGCUCGCCAGUAGGACGAGGUAAAAGGAUGACCAGAGCUGCUUUGCAUUGUGCCCAUGCGCUAAGCAUACCCAUCAAAUUGGGCAUCAACUUUGUCGCCCACACCCAAAUGUUUUUCUGGUCCACGCAGCACGCUCUUUGUUCUUUGGAGUGCGCCCUCUUGUUGACCAAAUGGCUAGAGUCAGUCACGAUUCCUAUGCCAGAGCCUCCUCUUUCUGUAGAGGAGAACAAGCUUUUGAAUUUUGUGAUGCAAAUGAUAGCUGAAACGGAGUAUGCCGCUCCUCCGGAGCAGCCAAUAGGGAAUGGGAAACACCUCAGUGCCGCAGUAGUUCGACUCUGGGCAAAGCUUUUCCGAUCGGACAGCAUCUGGCAGAUGAUUGACGUCAUUGGAAGGUCACUAAAUCUCUAUGCAGACAUGCUAGAGCCUUAG